AGCGUUACUAUUUUGAGAAGACCCGCUGUGUGCGCAGUAGCAAAUGAUCUAAAGAGGAAAGGUGGAGAUAGAGAGCGGCAGAGCGGAGGAGCUUUGGUGCUUUUUUUUUUUUCUUCCCCCCCUUCUGUACAUUGAGGGCUUUGCAUAAGAGGCGGAUGGCGAUGGGAGACUCAAACUCGCAGCUGAUGCCGAGCUGUGCCACAGCCUCCAUGUCCACAGGUUGCGUGUGAAGCAGUUUUUGGCAGAGCGGGACCAGACAGACGUAUAAAAAAAAAGAAGCAAAAAAAAAAAGAAGCGAUAGGCGAGACGGAGGAGGAGACGCAGAAUAAGAACGAUGGCGACUUUCGGGAAACUCACCGACUACUUUAAUCGGCGUAAGUCUCGGGAGGAGCUGAGGGUCACCAGGAGCUCACGGCGGAGUGGAAGCUACUGCUGCACCGUGGCAGAGGCCAGGUCGCUUGAAAGGAAGUUGCAGAGACCAAUACUUGCUAAAUCUCGCACACUACCCAGCAUCCCCCAGUCCCCCCGGGUGUCCAGGCUCCAUCACUCUGAUCUCCUUGGCGGAAGUCCCUCCCGCAGGAAGACCCCAGCCCUUGCCAGCAGCAACCCGAAGGCCUGCACGUUGCCCCCUGCAGGGGAGCUGUGGCGCUUGGAGGAUGACAUGGAGGCCGAAGAGGAGCCCGAGCGAGGUGAAGCCCGGCCUCGCUCCCAGUCGCCCUUCUCCCACUUCCGGGCGCGCACCGCUUACCUCCGAAAGAGCAUCUCUGCCGACAACCACCUGGACAUGAGCUCGGACUUCAACGGGGGGACGGCAGCGGAGGAGGGCAAGCCUGUGCGCAGUAGCAAGGCGAAGCUGAAACGGAAGUUUGUGAGUCUGACAACUUUGUUUCCCUUUUAUUGCCAAAGCAUUACAUACCAUAUGAAAGACACCGUUCGAUACUGCAGUUACAUGAAGAACCACUAGAUGGCAGAAGGUGGUUCACCAAUUUAGCUUGAGUGAUUUCAUAUUUCCGUUAAAAUAGUUAUUUUAUUUGUAUAUUAUUAGAAUUACUCAUAACAGAUUUAAUGACAACAUACAUACCGUAUUUUUUGGGCUAUAGAGCGCACCUGUAUUUAAGGCGCACCCAUCAAAUAUUAGGCGAAAUACAUAUAUUAGCCACACCAGACUAUAAGCCACAGAUGCAUACAGGUACGAAAGAUUUUGGAACAUUUUUAUUUACAUACCUUAAUUGUUUCCAAAUGGUGCCUGUAACAUGGCAGUAAAAUGGCUGAUCAAACAAAACAGAUGUCAUCGUCAUGGACCCGCUAGCUCUCCAUCUAGCUAAACAGACUCGGUAACUCCACGUUGACGUUUUGCUGAAUUUACGCAACUGAAACGGUACAAAAAGAGUGCCAUUGUAGGUUAACAAUUCUAACAGACAGUUGUAGACGUGUUAGCAUAUUUGCUUAUGCUAACGACGUUAAGCUUGAUUACAUUACGAUAGCACGCAAAAAUAUGCAUGAAAACACUCCUACAGACAUCCCACAUGGGAUGGUUUAGUAAGUAUGAAUUGUUUUAGUUAUAUUGUAAAACUUACAAACGCUGCCUGGAAUGAUGAAUCAUCUUUUUGAGCAGAAAAUGCUAGGGACGGUUAUACUUCCAGUUCAAGGCACGAAAUAAGAAAGUACAUUUUCAAUCCGCAACAUCUGCAGUGAGUAAACUUGUCCAAAAGAUGGCGCCAUAGCACAAACAAUAACACACCUUUUCAGUGUCUCUGUCUGUGUUAUAUGAAAACUAUUUGUUUUAUUCAGAACAUUUAGGCCGUGGGAGAAAAAUCUAUAAAUUAGCCGCCCCAUUUUAUAAGCCGCAGGGUUCAAACCUUUGGAAAAAAGUAGCGGCUUAUAGUCCGGAAAAUAUGGUAAUUACAAAAAAUAAGGAAGGAAAAAACCCUGAAUAAAUUGUUCAUUCAAUUAAAUCCAAUGACGUUUCUAUGUAAUGACUUUUUUCUUUGAUGGAGCAGCAGACUGGGAGUA